CCAGUCCAACAACAUGUUUCUGUAAAUAGGAGACCAAUGAACCAUAUGCACUUACUUGUACACAAUCUACACAGAGUCCUGUAUGAUUACAUGUAUGUCGGCAUAUACCCAUUCAACUCGGAACAUCACGGUAGUCUACUCUUGACUGAACGGUUCCCCAUUGUUUGUCGACAGGGAACCGACCCCAGCGAUACAGUCAACAAUAAAACGCGUACGAACACACAACGUAGCCCAAGCCCUGAUCGCAGCGGAGACCUGAGUGAUGACAGUACAACACCGGACGACAAUUGGUCAGGCAGCCAUCCCAACGAUGUGGGCAGAGUGGAUGAUCGCACGAUCAGGCAGAUACGGGAUAUGAUCGAGGGCCGUACUAUGAGCGUGCGCACAGGGUUUACAGACCCCUUCACCCACCCCUCUCAACCCUGGGUCCUGCUCAGCAACUCUUCACCACUACGUGCCACCCCACGCACCGACUCUCGCGUGCGCAGCCGCACGGAUCACGCGACACCGGACAGACCACGGACACGCGACCACCCACACAGGCCAGAGAACAGUGGCAGUCGAAGUAGCACCAGCACAAGCUCACCUGCGCUGAAUGGCGCGCCGACAGACCUGUCGGCACGCGAUAUGCCAGAACUGAUGGCCGACGAGAGUGAUGGGGACUACGCGGUGCGGUUACAGGCCUAUUUCGACUACGAAGAGCGUCGUAUGCGCUGGUUACAAACGCGUGUCCAGUCCGAAACUUCGCCUCGAGCACAGAGCCAACGCAACAUUCCAGUCCCCAUAGAGGUGCAACCCAUAUCACCCACUACCGAACUGGUAGACGGCUCGGUGAACGACGCAAAUAACACGCACGAUGCCGCGAGUGACGCCAGACUGGCAGCCACCAUGCAAGCCAGCUUUGCGAAUGAGUAUCUGCCGGACGAUCAGAAUGCCAGUAUGUGGACCGACCCAUACCCAAAUACGACCUACUGUGACAUGAGCGAACUUCCCGUACAGGAGUUAUUAGUUUGA